AUGAGCGAUUCUUCAGAAGGUUCGAAUGAAAAAGAUAAAGAUUAUUUUAGAAAAUAUGGAUUUGAUAUGUACCCGAGUAGACGAUCUAAAGAAACAAAUAGUUUUUGGUACAAAUUAUCAUUUGACAACCGGUAUAAAUCUCAUUGUAGCAAAGUGUGUGAAAAAAAUGUUUUAAGCGCUAUUAAUGAUAAUCCUUUAAUAAAAUUAUUAAUGGGAGCAUUAAAAAAAGCUGGAUGUCCUGUAAAUUUAAGGAGGCAUAUAGUAUGCGAAGAAUGUAGUACUUUAGUAACGGGGGGUUACGAUCAAGAAUUUAAUCAAAUAGUACUUUGUCAAAAUACAAUGAAAGGAAGACGUAUGCCUGAAGUAACUUUAGUUCACGAACUAAUUCACAUGUACGAUCAUUGUACAAAAGAAAUGGACCUAAAAAAUUUGGAACAUUUAGCAUGUACUGAAAUUAGAGCUGCCAAUAUUGCACAUUGUAGUUUUUUGAGUAGUUUUUUCCUAGGAGGAUCAUCACUAUUUUCUAUAAAAGAUACACAUCAGUAUUGUGUUAAAAAGAAAGCAGCUCAAUCUCUAAUGUUAUCUAGAAACCUUGAUUUUGAUGUUGCUCUAAUGAUUGUAUUAAGAGUUUUCGAUAAAUGUUACAAUGAUUUAGAGCCAGUAGGUAGAAGAAUUAGAAGGAAUUCAAUGGAUCCCGAAAUGGCAUAUAAUGAAGCUAUUAGUUUGGGUUUUUGUGAUAAGUAA